AUGGCGAGCUUCAGGGGCGAGCCCCAGGGGUGCCCCCGCCUGGCCCCCGGGCCUUGGAGGGGUGGUCGGGGGACCCGGCCUCACGAGCCUUUUGUGGCUUCCCCAGUGGAGCUCAAGAUCGAAGUGGUGCUCCCUGAGAAGGACCGAGCCAAGGAGGACGCAUCUCCCAACGGCCAGGCCAGCCCUCUGGCCUACAAAGCCAACGGCCGGGCCCGGCACUACCACCCAGAAGAGCGGCCGUCCACCCUGCACCCCUACCCCAGCCCUCACGACCGAGUGGAGGCCGCCGUGUGCCACGUCAAAGACUUGGAGAAUGGCCAGAUGCGUGAGGUAGAGCUGGGCUGGGGCAAGGCCCUCCUGGUGAAGGAGAAUGGCGAGUUCCACGCCUUGGGUCACAAGUGUCCCCACUACGGCGCCCCCCUGGUGAAAGGGGUCCUCUCCAGAGGGAGGGUUCGGUGCCCCUGGCAUGGUGCCUGUUUCAACAUUGCCACCGGAGACAUCGAGGACUUCCCGGGCCUAGACAGCCUCCCCAAGUUCCAGGUGAAGAUCGAGAAGGAGAAGGUCUACAUCCGAGCCAGCAAACAGGCCCUGCAGACUCAGCGGAGGACCAAGGUGAUGGCCAAGUGCAUCUCGGUCAGUAAUUACCACAUGGGGAGCACCAACAUCCUGAUCGUGGGUGCUGGGGCAGCCGGCUUGGUGUGUGCAGAGACUCUGCGGCAGGAGGGCUUCUCCGACAGGAUUGUGAUGUGCACGAUGGACAGACACCUCCCUUAUGACAGGCCCAAGCUCAGCAAGUCCCUGGACUCCCAGCCAGAGCAGAUCGCCCUGCGACCCAAGGAGUUCUUCUUGACUUACGACAUCGAAGUCCUGACGGAGACCCAGGUUGUCACAGUGGACGUGAAGAACAAGAAAGCAAUAUUCAAGGAUGGCUUUAAGAUGGAGUACAAUAAGUUGCUCUUGGCCCCAGGAAACAC